ACUUUCUCCAGGGCUCCAUAGUGUGUUUCUUUUCCCCAUAGAUAAUUCAAUUAGUGAAUCCCGCCUGCCAUCCCCUCCAAUCUUCAUACCUAAAUAAUUCAAAUAAUUCAUACAAAAACACCAUUCUUCAACACACCCAAUUAUCUACGAGCCCAUACCGUCGAUCAUAUAGCUGAAACUUAUUCCCAUUUAAAACCCCAAUCCAACAAUCCAUAACACCACACCCCCAUAGUGAUCCGCGUCCCGCGACGCCCCAACACACCUAUCACCAUGGACUUCGCAGCCCUCAUGUCCAAAGAACUGGCCAAGGCAUCUCCUAAACCCACCGAUGAUUCAUCCUCCACCAGCAAAAAAUACAUCCGCCGUUCCGAAGCCGAGGCUCAACGCGAAGCAGCCUACCUCGCGGAACAAAAAGCGCUUGAGGAAAAGCGCCAAGCCAAAGCCUUGGAAAAGCGCAAACGCGACGAAGAAGCCGCCACCGAGUCUCGUGCGCGGGAAGAAAAACGGCGGAAGCUCGAAGAAGAAACACGACGCAGACGAGAAGAGCAAGCCGCGGAGGAAGAACGGCAGCGACGGAAACGAUUGGGACUCCCGGAGUUGGUGAAGGAGGAUAGUGCGAAUGGAAGUCGCGAGGGCAGUGUGGAGGAAGAAGAUAUACCCGAUGAUGAACUCGUAGCUAAGCUGCGCGAGUUGGGACACCCAGUUACGCUGUUCGGGGAGACGCAUCGCGCGAGGUUGAAGAGGUAUAAACGUCUCACUACUACGGUGACGGCAGGCCCCAUACCGACGACGCUGAAGUUGGUUGAGGAGAAGGAUAUGAAAGUCGACGCGGCCUCGAUACCGCAAGACAAGGCUGGACGACAGUACUUAUUCCGACAAUUGGCAUCGUAUUUUACGAUGGUACUUCGAGAAUGGGAGGCAGCGCUCGCGCGGGAAGAACGAGAACGAGACUCUCGCGAUACGUUCGCGGGGAAGGCUGCUGUCAACGCUAUGGUAUCGAGUCGGGAUAAUAUGGUCCCUCUAUUCCGACGGUUUGAGAAAGGCGAUCUGGAAGACGACAUCAUAAAACCCGUGGUCGAGAUUGUACAAGCAGCACAAGAACGGCGUUACGUCGAUGCCAAUGAUGGAUACCUACGACUAAGUAUCGGUAAGGCAGCAUGGCCUAUCGGUGUUACAAUGGUGGGUAUCCACGAGCGAAGUGCGCGAGAAAAGUUGCAUGAUGGUGAGAGGGGUCACAUUAUGAGUGAUGAAGUUACGAGGAAGUACUUGCAGAGUAUUAAAAGGUGUCUUACGUUCGCUCAAGUGCGAUGGCCACCUGAAGAUAUCAGACAGUUGAUGGGAUAAUGCGGUAGAUUAUAGAAUAAGAAUAUAUCUA